AUGUAAAUCUUUCCCUUUCCUUUUACAAUUUAGACAACUCAAGUAAUGCUGGGAAGUACGAUUAUUAACCGUCGACAACAUGUUGGACUGCAGAAGCUCUCAGCAUUGUCGGGGAUCACACAUUCCUCUUUGGGCCCGUAUAAGAAGUACAAGUUUAUCCAAGAUGAUAGGAGCGGAGAGUCGGCUCUUGUGUGCACGUGUUUUCGCAUCCUUGAGAAUCUGGAGCUGACGUGCGCGGUGGGUCAGCUGGUCUACCGGACCGUUCAAGCCCACCAGAAGGUCUACCAUACAGGAUCAGGAUGCCUGCUGUUCCUCGCCGGAGCGUGGAGUCGUGUUGCCCUGGAGUGCCUUCAGAGAGGGAUUCCUGUUGCACACAUCGUCUCGGCGAUGUCUGAAGGGCUCGAUGUAUGCUUCGAUGUUUGCAGGAGAUUCAGCAUUUCGACUGAGCGUGCACAGUCACAGAGCAGCACAGCAACAUCUCAGGAUUUAGGACUUCAAGUGUCAAAGAAACCGACUGUGGAGGGUUCACAGGCAUCGACUGAACCGAAGGAGAAAACAAGAGACGCUCUUAAGACUCUAAAUGCUUGUGGACAAAAGAAAAUCAGGCUCAGCCGACACUUUAGUGAGGCCAAGUGUGAAAAUAUCUCCAAGGAAUCGGAAGAUAGUCAACCUAAACCUCCAGACAUUAAAUAUAUAUCUGAGAGAUUGAGUCAUGGUUGUGUGGAUGCGAUGAAUUUAGUAUUUGAAGCCAGCAGAACACAGUCAAACAACAUUCAGCAAGAGACCAGCUGUCCCACAUUUGAUAUAACUAAAGUCAUGACCUGUAUGCUACCUGGUUUACCAGAGGAGCAAGCGUGCGUUACACCGGGCUGCAUCCUUCUCUUAUCCGCCGAACAGGCUUCACUUGCACAUCGCUUAAAAGACCGACUUCUGCAGGUCGUUCUUAUUAACGGAGAUUUAUCGUUUAACUAUAGCCACCUUGGCUUUAAAAGGCCGACAGGAAUACAGCGUGUGAGUGAAGAGGCCUCUUUGUCAAGUUCAAGCAAAGAGGAAGACUGGAUGGAGAAGGUUGUGACGCUUCUGUUGAACCUGGGAGUGAACCUGAUACUAGCUAGCGGGCUGGUGAGCGAGAAAGUGAUUCAACGCUGUUCUAGACGUCACAUUCUCGCGCUGGAAAAAGUAAACGUUUCCGUUUUGAAGGCGCUCGCUGAUGCAUCGGGCGCUGUUCCGGUGACGUAUGCCACACAGUUGAGUAAGCACUGUGUUGGCGCUGGAGUGAAGGUAGAGGUAUGGAGGGAUCUCAGCAGCUACGAGAGGAAGCCGUCGAUAGCUGUGAAUGUUUCCACUGGUGUGAACAGCAAACUGGUCACAGUGGUUCUGACCAGCUGCAUAGAGGGGAAGCUUCAGGCCCUGGAGGACCAGUUCUGGGCGUGUGCUUAUCGUUUACAUUUAGCCCUGAAGGAAAAAGCCGUCCUGCCCGGUGCUGGGGUGACAGAAAUGCUUUGUAUUCAACACCUUCAAAAGCGAGCAGAGACGGACUCCUUAGCAUUAGCUAACCCUUAUAGGAGUGUGGUGUUGCAUCUCAUGGCGGAUGGUUUAAUGGAUUACUUAUCCACUGUAAUGGUUAACACUGGAAAGUUCUCAAAAGUCCAAGCCUGGACUGCAGUGAGCCGGCAACUGCAGGACUGUAACCAAAGUCCAGGGGCUCCAUCCAUGUUCUCAGAGGUUUUCCUAGAAGCUGAACAAGAGGGUAGGGCCGUUUCCUUUCCUGUAAAAUCCACUGAUGCACCAUCAACAAAGGUCUUUGAUAACCUGAGUGUGAAGCAGGAAGCAUGGAGGAAAGCGUCAGAUCUGGUUUUUCUGGUCUUACAGACUGAUGCUGAGGUCGUCACAGGCAUUGACCUAAAAACUGAGGCUGCGCAAGGAAACCUGAUGCUGUUGUGACCUCCAGGAAACAUCUGAUUGAAAACAUUUUGUUCCUGGAACAGAAAAAUAAAUUGUAUUUUUAUGACCGGUAAAGUGAAAUUACAAUAAAUAGUUUUUAUAUUUGUUA